GAGGCAGGAGGAAGCGAAGGAGGAGAGAGAAGGCGUCGACUCGACUGCCUGGUUUAGAGAGAACGAAGCAACCAUUUCAUCUCUCUCUCGUGUUUGAGAGAGAAGAGCAAGCAAGGGAAGGAAAGCGAUCUGAUCGAUCCGAGGAUGGGAGGAGGAGCAUCGUCGAAGCUGAGAAAAGCGGCCAAGAAGAUGGUGGUGGCUGCCGCAAAUGCAUGUGGUGGUUCCUUCUCUUCCAGGAGGAAGCCUCACGUGGACCCAAUCGUCUUCUUCGACCCUGCCUCUAUCUCAGCUUCUUCUCCUGUGUCUCCCGCCAACUCAACACCAGAAGAAGAUGAAGAAUGCAUUGCAAACCAAACUGAAACUUCAAUCACCAAUGUGCCUUCUUCUAAUAAGAAUUUGUGUGCAAUAUGUCUAGACCCUCUGAGUUACCAUAGCAAGGGAAGGAGCUCGGGGCAAGCUAUAUUCACGGCCCAGUGCUCCCAUGCGUUCCACUUUGCCUGCAUCUCCUCCAAUGUCCGCCAUGGUAGUGUCACCUGCCCCAUCUGCCGUGCCCAUUGGACUCAGCUGCCCCGCAAUCUGAACAAACCCGGUGGUUCUGUCUCUUCUUGCAACCCAACUGAUCCCAUCCUCCAAAUCCUUGAUAACUCUAUAGCCACUUUCCGCAUCCACAGGCGCUCUUUCCUGCGCUCUGCUCGCUAUGAUGAUGAUGACCCAAUUGAGCCUGCUGAUCCCAUGCCUAAUUUCCCCCGUCUCCAAUUCUCUCUAGCACCCUUACCAUCAAGUAGUCCACCCCAUAGCUUUCAACCAUCCUGGUGUGUCACACACCAAUAUCAUCCACCCCUACAUCACCUGAGUUGUAGCUCCACAUCAUUGUUACAAUCACCAACCAGGCCAAAGUCCUAUACUACUAUGUAUGCCUCCUCAGACAGAGCUUAUCUUUCGGUGAAAUUGGCACAACAGCGAGCAACUGAUUUGGUCUUGGUUGCUAGCCCAAAUGGACCGCACUUGAGGCUUCUCAAGCAGUGCAUGGCAUUGGUGGUUUUCUCCCUUAGACCUACUGAUCGUUUAGCCAUUGUUACUUACUCAUCAGCUGCUGCCCGCGUCUUCCCUCUAAGACGCAUGACAUCUUAUGGGAAGCGAACAGCCCAGCAGGUUAUUGACCGUCUGUUCUAUACGGGGCAAGCAGAUCCAGUGGAAGGGCUCAAAAAAGGGAUCAAGAUACUUCAAGAUCGUGUAUACAAGAAUCAAGAUUCAGUCAUCCUGCAUCUGUCUGACACCCCAACCCGAUCCUACCAUGCUGCUCUCAAUUUGGAAGUACCCAUUCCAGUGCAUCGUUUUCAUGUAGGAUUUGGAUUCGGCACUUCAAGUGGUUUUAUCAUGCAUGAAUUUGAAGAGUUCCUCCGCAGACUCAUAGGUGGUGUUGUGAGAGAUAUCCAGUUGCGGAUCAGCACAACAGGGGAAGGCAGCAGUAGGAUUGCAAGAAUAGGAGAGCUAAGAAACGGCGAAGAAAGGAAAAUCUUGGUUGACUUGAGCGUUUGUGGACAUAUUUGUGUGGAAUACAGCUACAUUGAGGAUGGUGAGAUUGACGAACCUAUCACAAGAGGAGAAACUAUGGUGAGCAUAGGUGAUGGUAAAACUAAUAUUAAUGUAGCAGAAGCAGCUUCUGCUGGAUCGGGGAAUGGUGGGAGGCCUAGUAGUGCAGAAAGUUGGGACUAUCAUGAUCCUUACAUGGCUAGAAGAUGGGCCAAACAUCUGCAUGGCUACAGGCUUUGAAUCUAAUCCAUUUCCAAGAACAAAACAAAUUUACACGAGAAGGAAGAUAUACACAUUAAACGGGUAGCCUAGGAUCAUGGUGCCUUUGUGAGAUUUAUGAACAGAUGUAUGUAAGAACAUUUAUGAAUGAACGGAGAGAAUGGUCGCGUUGCUUACU